AUGGGAUUAUUCCCAGUCCCUUUUCAGACCCCACCAAGAUACCUAUUAGCCUGCAUCCUCUGUUCAGCAAAUGGCCUCCUAUUUGGUAUGGACACGGGAAUCAUCGGUCCAGUGACCGACAUGAAAGAAUUCAAAGCACAGUUCGGUGGUAGUGAAAAUUCUACAAUCCACGGCCUGAUCGUCUCCUGUAUCUUGAUCCCAGCGGCUCUGUCUUCAUUCUUUGCGGGCUACGUUGCCGACCGGCUAGGCCGACCAAAGGGGAUCAGUAUUGGUGUUUUCAUCUUCGGCAUCGGAGCUGCUAUUGAAGCAGGUGCUGUCCAGCUGUCCAUGUUCAUCGUUGGUCGUGUCGUUGAAGGACUCGGCGAGGGUCUGUUCCUCGGGAAUCUGGUGGUGCUGAUUUGUGAGAUCUCGCCAACGCGCACUAGAGGUGCGUUGACGACUGGUCCUCAGCUAGCUACGACGCUUGGAUUGGUCCUUGGAUACUUCGUUUGUUAUGGCUCUUCGAAUAUCCAAUCUUCGCUUUCGUGGCGCACGCCAUUUAUUCUUCUUUCUUCCCUCUCUAUCAUUCUAGGGAGUCUCUCCCUGUUCUUCUUGCCUGAUUCGCCCCAAUGGCUGGGUCUCCAGGGUCGUUAUGCUAUGGCGGAAGAGGCUUGGGAGAAGUUGGGUGUUACUUGCGCGGACCGUGAGAAGAUCAUAGUUUCAGUACAGACAACGGAGGUUGAGCCUGGCACUGAGAUUGAGAAGAAGGGCAUGAGCACCAUGGAGAAACUCGUGGAUGUCUUCUCUAAAGAUGUGAGAGGAAGAACCGCCCUUGCUGUUUUCUUGAUGGGCAUGCAGCAGAUGAGUGGUAUUGACGGAGUUCUCUACUAUGCCCCUGAACUGUUCCAAAAGGCAGGCCUCGCUUCAUCGGAAGCAAGCUUCCUAGCCUCGGGUGUCUCAGCCCUCGUCAUAUUUGCCGUGACCAUUCCAGGAUUGAUCUACGCCGAUGGAUGGGGCCGCCGAAGCAGCAUUGUCUAUGGCGGUAUUGGGCAGGCCGUUCUAAUGUUCUUGAUGGGUGGCCUAUAUGCUGGAAAUGCCGUUCAUCAAUCUACCGGCGCCGGCCGCUGGGUUGUGAUUGUCUGUAUCUUCCUGUUUGCUGCUCUCUACUCUGUCUCUUGGGGGAUCGCUGUCAAAGUGUACGCUGCAGAGAUCCAACCUCAGCGAACCCGAGCAUCAGCCACAACACUGGGCCAUUCGAGUAACUGGCUUUGCAAUUUCUUGGUGGCUUUGACCACUCCGAUUCUACUUGCAAAGAGUAGUUAUGGUGCCUACUUUUUGUGGGGUGGGUGCAGUAUUAUCACGGCUGUUGUGGGCAUUCUCUAUAUGCAUGAGACGAAAGGCCGCACAUUCCCUGAGAUUGAAGCUGCUUUCAAGGGCAAGUCGUCUGGACAGAGGCAGACUUCUUUCUGGAGUGGGAACGGCAAGGCUUAA